AUGGAAAGAUAUGACGCCGACCAGCCCUUUGAUGACAUCACAGUCGUAUCCUAAAUACUUUUCUAAUUUCCAUAUAAAUCUGAAAUCAAUUAAACACUAUUAUUAAUGGAAGGUCGUGUGUCGGUUCCGACUAGAAGGUUUAAGACACUCUCAAGAAAUCCAUUCUGUCCAAAACUCUGUAGAAAACAAGUACGCUUCACCGACAUUUUUCGUAAAUCUCUUUCGAGUAGUUAGCUUCGACGUUUAGCAACUUACCACUAGUAUUAAAUUUGCUUAUACAUUUAUUUUAAUAUACAUUGACUACAAUGGCUAAUUGUCGCCAUUAUUGUAACUACGAUUGUUUGCUAAUCGAUCUGUUAACAUGCAAAACUUUAAAGAAGACAAUUUAAACAGACUUUGAAAGAAAAUCCGAGCAAACGAAUUCUGUACUGCACAACAUGAAAUAGUAUAUGCUUGAUAAUAAUAAAAAAAAAAAAAAAAAAACCACUAGGUGUGCCCCCGGAAAAAAAUCUGGACACGGUGUUGUUUCGUAUGUACUACGCCGAUACCGAUCGAAAAUGUAAAAUAAAAUUAAGCAGAUUAUUAUUUAUUGCGUACUACGAGUAUAGGUACGCAGAGAUAAAAUUGGUUUUUAAUUCAACGUCGGCGACGAGGCCUAGCAGAAAUAAAUACCGCGGUCACGGGGUCGAACGCGUUGACACGUAUGUUAAGUACACAGUUGCGGCAAGUAAAAAACGAUUGCAAUAAAUAAUUAUACAAUCUCGAAAUACUUGAAAGCAUAGCUGUAAAUAAUCACCCUUGCUACACUGAGGUACCGACUGCAGAACAAACACAAAUUAAACGAGUCACGAAAGCACAAUCCGCGAUCGUGCCAAGUUCCCGGCCUCUAAACGUAUUUUAAACAAUAAACAAUAAUUUCAUACCCAAUUUUUUCCGACGAGUUCGAUAACCUAGAAUUAUACUGAUAUAUAAUAUUAAUACUCGCAUUUAAAUUGAUUACUGUGGUAAUCCUAUCGAUAUUAAAAAGGCGGACAUACUUCGCGCGUGGGUGGGCCACUGUUUUAGGUGAGAAGUUGGGAAGGUAGGGGAGGAAUUUAGUGUAUAUCUGUACGCAACGAUAAAACAUUGCUAACGGAAAACGAUUCUGAGCCGAGUUCGCUUGAUAGUAAUGUUUUGUCAACAAUAUAUUUGUCAUAAUAUGGUACACUAAUUACAUAUGCAUUAUAUAUUUUCUCUAAUAAUAUUUGUUUAAUAUUGUACCUAUUUUCCUUUUUAUCCCAUUUAUUAUGAAAACAGCAAGAAAAUUCAAAAGUGACCUCCUAAAGUACCGCUUCAGUCAGAUUUUCUUUCAGAAAAACUGCUAUCAUUGUAAAUCGAAACAAAAUUGCUGAUAGGAAAGUUGUUCACAGAUAAAAAAAAAAAAAAUAAACAUCAUUGUAAAACUAAUACAUUCCCAGCUUUGCUCAGAAUCUAAAAUGUAAAAGUUUGUUAGCCCUUCACACCAAGACUACAGAACGGAUUAAUAAUACCACAAUAAUUGUUUACCACAGGUUACAGCCAUCUGAUUCCGAGAUCCGUUCGUUUUUUAACUUAACCGAGCUUUGGCUGGUAAUAUGAAUGCAAUUUUUACAAAUAUACAUAACAAUAUUUGUUUUUGAUCUAGAACACACCCAGAUUGUCAGAUAAAAAACAAUAACUGGUUAAACACUACUGAAUAAAAAAUGAAAAAAAAUCAUUAAUACCACCGAAAUCCGAAUAGCCAAUAGAUUUAAUUCACGUAUCGCGUUAAAUAGAUAGAAUAAUCCAAUAUAAUCCCUUUGUCAAAUUCGACGGGAAUUUUGAUUCUAAACGUUUGUUCCACAACGCACGUAAUAUUUAUCGAGUGAUUCAUUAUUGUUUGGUGGAGCAGAGUUUCUAUAAUUGCUACCACCCUGUAAACAAAAGCAAACGUAUUUUAAUCGAUCGUACAAAAAUGUAAAAGAAAAUAACACGUUAUUGGUCAGGUUUUGGUAAGAUAAUUACCACUAAAAAGUAACAUAAUUAAAAAUGAAAAAAAAAAAAAAUAUUUAUAUUUUAUGUUAGAAGGUUAUUUUGACUGACCUUCUAUAGAAUAAGUAUUUAUAAAUAAUUAGAAGCAUUCAUGUAUACAACUUGGCACUUUUAAAAUAAUUAUCAUCAAUAAACAAAAUAAAAAUACUUUUCCAUUUAACAUUUAACGAAUGGAAAACUAAUCAAGGCCGAAAGAGUUCAGCCCCGGAGCCGAACUUGAAAAUGGUCCGUCUUUAUGUUAAUUAUAUAUCAACUUCUAUAGAUAACAACAAAUUUUAACGACUAUUCAACAAUCCGGAAAUCAACAAAAAUUUUACUAACAUUUUCCAGUUUUUUUCCAUUAGAAUCAUCAAAUGGCCUCCCCAACACAAUAAAUAAAUCAAGAAUUUUAAAAUGCUACAAGAAAGUUUCUAUAAAGUUUUUAAUUGAAACAAGAUUUAUGUUGGAAAAGUUUUUUACAGAAUCACCAAAAAAAAAAAAAAAAUGUAUACUCAGUAGCGCCCAAACUAUAUUUUUAUGAUUGAGCAGAAUUGUAAAUUAAAAACCGUCUCGACAACUUUUGUACCUAAAUUGCGCUGCCUAAAAACUAAAAAGCGUAGCAUUUGAAUUUUUAUACCGUUCUACCCGACUAUCCCAAAUCCCGAUUAUCGGAAACACCCAUCGAAACGUAUAGUAUGGUCACCACUGCAGUGCACCGAUAGGCUAUAAUUGAUUUUUUCGUAUGCAUAUUUUAACACACGGCGGUAGUUGGUUUUGGUACGAGAUUACGGUACCUCUUGUGUACCAAUAACCGAUACGUAAUUUACAAAAACGUGAACAAUAACGAAAAAUAAAUCGAAUACUGUUAUUAAUAAUCUGCCGAAUAAAAUAUAAUACUAUAUUGCGUUUUGGGAGAGAACACAAACCGAAGAGAAUAAUACGUAGGCAGGUACACACCGCAGUGCAGUAGACGGGUUUACUUUAAAUAUUUUUUACUUUCCCCGUUUUCAAUUCGAACAUCGAAUAGCAAUAAUAAUUGCUCGUGGACUUUAUAUAAUAACGUCGCAUUAUAAUAUUAUUUUCGGGCGUCCGACUAUUACGUGAAUUUAAACAAUGUGUUUGUAUUAUUAUUGUUAUUGUUAUUAUCAUUAUUAUACACUUGUAGCGGUAUAAUAAUAAUAACAUACUAUUUUGUUCUAUGCCCGGUCGAAAAUCGAAAUAUCCGAUCGAUAUUUUGAAAUAUCAUUUAAGAGGAUUCUUUAUACUACCUAACGUUUAUUUUCUCCGUCCGUCUCGCGGGUAAUACGUAGCAACAAAGGCAUUCAUUAUCCCGACGAUCGCGAUUCUCGGGUAGAGAUCGGUGCGAAUAGGGACCGAAGAUGUUACAAAGAAAAAUAUUUGUACUGCGAUUCGACCGAACGUUUUUUUUUUUUUUUUUUUAUAGUCGAGUAGUUGAAAAGGUAGUAGAGUGGAAAUUCAAUUUACAUCUGUAAGCAACGAGAAACUAUGAUUUUGAGCGGAAUUCGGUUGUCAGUGUUCCCUUGUCGACAAUGUAUAAGUCAUUCUAUAUUAAAAAACAAUUACAUAUGCAUUAUAUUAUAUUUUCUUUCGUAAUAAUUGUUUGAUAUUGUGCGCGUUCUCCCGUUUAUUGGGAAAAUUCCUGGGAAAGUAAAAAAAGUAACCGCCUUAAAGUACCUCCCUAGUCCGAUUUCCAUUCGGAAAAAAAGUGCUAUCGUUGUAAAUCGGAGCGUAAUUGCUGGUAGAAUAGUUGUCCAUAGAAAUAAAAAAAUAAAUAAACAUAUUUGUAAAACCAAUACAUUCCUCGUUCCAUUCGGAAUCUAAAACGUAUUCGGCGGGGCACAAUACAAAUAGUCUUCUUGCAAUCGUUGAAGCGCAGAACGCUUCUGUUUCUGUAUUAUUGCGUGCGAGGCGGACUAGAGAGAAUGACGGAAAGCCGUUGGAAAUCCCGACGCCGUAAUAAUCGGUCGAUUUCGCGCCUUAAAUAGUACGCGUUCACAUCGGGUGCGACCGUCACACGCACACGCACUACGCGAAAACGCGGAAUUAGACUUUGUCGUUUUGAUCCCGACGGGAUUCAGACCUCACGGCUUGCCGGGGUCUUGUCCGUCGACGCUUCGACCACGUCGGACCCGGAGCGGACACACGUCGGCGCGUUGGCCCGUUUAAAAUGUAUUUUCAAAGUUUUCGAUCCGUGCGAUUUUCAUUUAGAAAAAAUAUAAAUUUAAUUUGUACGAAUAAAUAUUUAAAACGUUACGCAACGAAUUACGUAUAUCGUUACCGACAUUAUUUUGAUUUUUUUUUUUCCCCAUAUCGACUGUUAUCGCUGGUUCACGUAACGUGUUAGUCGAUUAAAAAAAAAAACCGGCCCUCAGAAAGAAACCAGAUUGUUCUCGAAAUUAUACUCGAUAUGAUAUUGAAAACAUUUUUAAAUGGUUUAAACACGUUUUUGGUGUAAACUCGCGAUUUUUUAUUCGAAUCCUUUUCCUCGGAUGCCGUCGAUUUUCGUCGAAUUUUCCACGAAAAUAGAGAGAUUGUCGCUCUGUAUUGUGUCUCAGAUUUAAGUUUCGUCGAUACGGUUUCGUGUACGCACGGCUUUGAUUUCAAGUGUGAGCGUUUUAAGAGUUUCGACUUUUUUUUUUAUGCUCAAAUUUUACCGUUUUUUCGCAAGUUGUAUAAUAGAGUAGUGUAUUUUUGUUUGUUAUUUUAGUAAUCGAUUAUUUGUUGUUUUACAAUGCAUAUUUCUAUAAUGAAAAAUAGAUGGGUGAGGGUAAUAUUCAACUCAAGUGACGGAGUUAUGUUGCACACUUGCGGUUUUUUAACACGCAUAAAAAAAAAAACCCACUAAUUUAGAUAAUCCUUGAAUCGAUCCGAGUACAUAAAUACGGUCAAAUAAACGAAACAACCGGGUGACAGAUUUUGCGAAUUUCACGUUAAAUAAACAAAACGAAUAAAGAAAAUGAAUAUUAAACUCGAAAUUAAAAAUUAUAAAUCGAAAACAAGACACAGUUCUUUUGGACUACGCCGUUGUCAACUGCGAAAACUGAAAAUUCGCGGUAGAUGCGUACUCAGUUGGGUUUUCGGUCUUUCGAAUCCGUUAUUAUUUUGCCCCUUCGAACUACCCAACGCGGUUAAGCAUAAUCAUUCGAGGGUUGUUCCGAUCGAAUUUGCGGACGGACGAGGUCUUAGGACCAACGGAGGCCGGGGGACUCGAGAAAUUUAUGUGCGCGCAUAACAAUUAUUGACAAUGUCGGGUGGGCAUAACCGAAUUAGAUAAAAUCCAGAACGCGCUCGUCGGUUUUCGGUGUGCAGUCUGAUUAAGACGCCGUAUAGUUUGAACAAACGAUACGGAUAAUGAUAAUGGAUUUGAAAGUUCGGCGUUCGAGUGAAUUCGAAAAAUGAUAUAGACGAACGGGGCGCGUUUCAUUCGAUCCGACCGAUCGUUUUAGAUUCUAAGUGAAGCGAAGAAGCUUAUGGUUUUACAAUGAUGUUGAUUAUUUUCCUUUUUGUAUCUAUGAGCGACUUUUCUACCAGCAAUUUCGCUUCGAUUUACAAUGAUAGAACUUUUUCUGAAAGGAAAUCUGACUAGAGCGGUACUUUGAGGAGGUCAUUUUUUGAUUUUCUCUGGAGUUCUCCCAAUAUAUGUGAAAAACCCGGAAAAUCGAGAGAACGGGAAAAUAGGUAAAAUAUCAAACAAAUAUUAUUUUUUCGUUUUUUCGUUAGCAAUGGCCAAUCGUUGCCUAAAGAUGUACAUUAAAUUUCCCGUCUGUAUUCUAUCUUUCCAACUUUCCAACUACAAUAGUGACUGGAUCCGUCCUCGUUAUCCUAGGAUAGCUUUUUCACGUCGUGUUUGUUGCCUUAUUGUCUUUGUUUCGUCGCACACGUCUCACGCCGAACUCGUCGACGUGCAAGACUGUAUCGAAACGGUCGUUUUGUUCCGUUCCGUUUUCAAUUCCAAAUCAAUAGUAAUCGGUGUGCCUACACGUAAUUAAUUUACACACGCGUUUUUGUGUUGUUUUUUUUUUGUUUUCAGUAUCAGAUUCGCCGUCAGAAAGUCCGUAAACCGCGCAUCGUACGAGAACGGGCGUGGACGCGCCACGGCGAAACUCUACCUCGGCCGGCGGAUGACUUUGACGACCGCGGCGUAGUGCGCCCCGACGAAAAACCGGGAAAGCUCUCGGGAACGGUACCCGUGACACACCUGUACGACCGCGCACGCGAUGACCGCGGUCUCAUCGGCAUCGCGGUAACAACGGUACCGGGAACGCGGUAACGACGGCGGCGGCGGCCCAACCUAACUGUAUGUACCGCGUAUCGUCAUUACCGCGCGCGCUUGAAAAGGCGGUCGCGCCGUGCGAUGUUACGCGUGCCGACGGCCGGCGGCCAAUCAUGACGGUCGUGACCCAUGACGGGCGCCGCGGCACACGCACCGCGACGACCACGACCGCGGCGGCGGCGGCGACUGCGGCUCGGCGGGUUACCACUCGGCCCACGCCCGCGGCAGUCUGCAAGAUGCGCUCCUGUUCUACGGUAACGGCGAUCGCCUCCGGCUCGACAAUGACGACGACGACGACGACGACGAUCAUGACGACGGCGUUGACUACGACUAUCGCUGCGGCGGUCCUGCUGCUCUUGCUGGCGUCUUUUCCGCGGCAGGCGGUCGCGGCCGGACAGCUCCAGGGCCAGUACAACCCGCCGUACCCGGACAUAUGUCCCAGGUGAGCCGGCGUUAUUUUCGGGGUUUCCGGAAACGCUCGUUGCGUGCGACGGGGUUUCCCGUCCGUUUUUACCGAAUCGUUUCGCUAACCGUCGUAGUGGAUUACGGAGGGCCGGUACAGAUCGCGUAGUGUACCAAACUUCAGUCAACUCGUCGUAUAUUUUCACACAAGACAGAUAAAUAAAAUUGAUAAGAUAAAUUUCAUUUUUUUCGCCGUUACGGUUUUCCCCCCGCCCCCCGGUGAACUCCCCAAUACCUUCUCGCGGACCCCCAGGGUGGACUCCCGGUUGAAAAACGCCGGCACAAACGAGAAAUCGAACGCGGGUCGCGCGUAGAGUACGAGUUUUCGAAACGAUAACCGUGAGCGAUAAAUUACAGCGGGUUUCGGGCGCACAUUUACGUUUCACGACUGCCGGCCGGUAAUUCGUAAUCCCGACGAAACGUAUCGACACGGUUUUUUUCCCGAACGAUAACGAACGAAAUCCGAGAAACAGAUUUCGUAUUAUUUGGGGGCUUAGAGUUUUUCUGUUCCGAGUACAUGAAUCUCGCACGGCGUUCUCGUUCAUCAAAACAUUACAGCGUGCACGUCCCGUUUGGCCGCGUGCGAGUGGAACGGCGACGGGUUUAACAGAAUUCGUGUUUUGCUUUCGACGAGAUUCGGCGAACUGGUAAAUUUGUUCGUAGAUUCCGAGCGGACACACCGAGUUGUGUAUUGGUCAUACAAAGACGUUUAAAUUUUUUCUUUCAACAACAAUUUCCCUCCGCCUUUCAAGACACAGUACCUUGUCCGGAAGGGACUUUUAUCUGGAUGGUACUUUAAAGGGGUCAUUUUUGGACGUUUCAAGCGAUUUUUUUUUUUUUUUUUUUGUAAUUAUUAGGAAAAACGGGAAAAUUUACGAAAUGUGCAAAUAACAAUUUACAAGUUUGUUUUAUGUUUGGAUUCACUAAAAAACAUUCGUAGAGAUUUGGAAUUUGGACAAAAAACUUUUUAGAGGCGGUAAAAUUUUCAAAUUAUUUGAGCCAUUUUUUAGCUAUUUAUAAACUUACAUUUUGCGAGUUUUUUUGUGUAAUUUUUAUUUGGUAGAUACUCUGUGGAUAAAACUGUUAGACCAAACAGAAAUGCUUGAAAAUUUAUAGGAGUUGCACUUUGUGGUAAAAAAAAAAAAAAUUGAAUGCAAUGUAGGAUUAUUUUUUUUUAAGAAUUUGUAUACCAAAAUAUUUCGAUAAAAAUAUAAUACGGCCUUUAAAAUCACGUAUAACCGAACUCCGUUCAGAAUCACUGUUCGUUAGCAAAGAUUAAUCGGUGCGUACAGACACACAUUAAAUUCCCCUCUGUAUCCUACAUUCCCGACUUCUCGCCUACAACAGUAGCCCACCCAUCGUGCGAAAUACGUCCGUCUUAGUUUCGAUAUAACGAAUGCCCGAGGUUUAUACGAAAACGAAAUGAUAUGCUCGAGUUAUGGAUUAUUUUUGUUUUUGUGAAAAAAAAAACGCGCUAUUUAUUACGAAUUUUUCACCGUUAAAAAGUUACACCGUUUCUUGGGUUUUUGACUGAAAAAAAGUUUUUUUUCACAUCGCGUUUAUGACGUGCUGACCGUUUUCUAAAACGUAUUUCCAAUUUUGUGGGAUUUAACUCGGUCGGCGAUAAUUCAUCGACGUAUCGAAAAACGAAUCAAUCGUUCCGCGACGUUCGCAAAUACCAUUUUGUAAAUUGUUAACCGUGUUAUUGCCUACGGCUCUUAAAACUAGGGUAAUGCAGGACCGCGUUUCGCACAGUAUAAGACUGCGUGUGUCUGCCUGCUUGUUUAAGUGUCUGUUAAUCGCCGGUCCCCGACAAUUUUUGAUUGUAUUUUAAUUGUUUCCGUACAGUAAUUAGCAAUGUUUACAAUCCGUUUUUAGGUUAUCGAACAUGAAUAAUGCAUUUCUAACGUCCGAACCGGUGAAAAUAUUCGCUAAAUUACGGUUUAAUGUAAUACCAAACAAUUAUUCGUAAUGCACAUUUAAUAAUAUUGAAUGAUAAUGCGCGCGCUACCGGCGGGACCGUCGUCGUCGAUGCCCCGAAUAACUUAACUGGAAAACCGUUCGGAGUCCAUGUUUUUCGACACGAGCGAACGCCAAUGUUGAAAGUGCGCAUACAAAUGGUAUACGCGGACUAAUAAACUGUACAUAAACUAGACGAAAUAAUAUUGGAAAAAAAAAAAAAAACAAAUUCCAACAAUAUUGACUAGAGUCCAUCUUUCCCGAGAACAAAAAUUACAAAAAAUGGACGUUGUAAAUUAUUGUUAUUGUAAAAUCACGGAUAAUAUUUUAAAAAAUUACGAUUUUAUCGAACCCCAGGUAGGCGCAAAUCACGGUAUUAUUUUUUUUUUUUUUAAUUAUUACACGGACCGUUAAAUUAUGUAUAAUUAUAAAUAUCGGAAAGUAGGUACAUAAUGAUAAAAAAUAUCGAUUUACAAAAUUAUUUAUUUAUGCGCGGGAUCCGUCGUUCUAAUAUACUGCGGGUAAAUAAAAUAAAUUUCAAAAACUUUGAUACAAUAUUUUAUAGUUUUCUUGAAAAAAUUUUACUAUAAUAUUUAUGAUUUGAUAUCAAAAAAAUAAAUAAAUAAAUAAUAUUCUUUACCGACAUACUCGUGGGUCUCUUUAUAUUAUUUUAUAUUGUGUUUUAGAUUCCGAGGCGAUAAAGUUAUUAGUUUUACUGGAAUAGGUUUUUUUCUUUUGAAAUACUUUUUUAGUUCAAAUGCUCCAAUUUUUCAUACCGUUUUAAUACCUUCGAAAAUGCGAAAUUUUCCGCUGGACGGCGAUUAAUUGAAAAACGGAAUUCCUAAUACUUUUUCAAAAUAGUUGAGUUUUACGUUUUUUAGUAAUCAAAUCGGAAUUUAUUCCAUGUCUGUAAUAUAUAUAUACAUAUAUGAAUGAAUCGUUGCUAACCAAAAACGGUUCUGAGCGCGAAUUUCGGAUAAACGCGUGUUGCGAUGAAAUUUAAUUAAAAAUUAUAUAAAUUCGUAACUAUGAAAUAAAUAUUUAAAAAUAACGAUCGUGUUUUUUUCGUCUCAGAUUCCCGACCUUUUUACGGAACAAUAUAUCUACAAAAAUCCGAAUAGAAACUAAAAAACCUGGAAUAUUUAAAAGAUAUAAAAAACUUAAAACAACCCUCAAAAUGAUUUGAACAUUUCACCACGACAUGAAAAAAUAAGGGCCAAACGGUUAUUUUUAACUGAAUUACAACAAGACAAAAUUGAAAAUAAAAAAAAACCUGUUAGUUCGAAAAUAUUCUCGUUUUACUGACGUUUUCUCCAGGCUUUUUCCAACUUAUUAAAUAAGAGUAAACCUUUACUCGUGACACCUACUUACAGGUCGAAUUUAGGAACAAGAUAAAACGGGGGGGCUCAAAUAAAAUUUACCUACCCGUAUGUGUUAAAAAUACUUUUUCUAUAUAAGUUAUUGUUUAGUAAAAGUCAUAUUUUUAAGAAAAAUAAAAAAUAUAAGGAAAAUCGAAAAACAAUCUUCUCAAUGCACCAGUUAAACAAAAUUCGCUACUAGAAACAAUCCCUGAAGUUUACCGGAGUCAUAUUUUUUAUAUGCAAAUUGUUAACAGAUAGGAAAAAAAAUUGAUGAAAACCACAAAUUAUUAGCCAAACGUUUAUCGGUACGCUCGGAAUUUGAAAUAAAAUUUUAGCACGGUUCGGAUAUUUAUUACAUAUUGUCCAUGUCAUAAGAAUAAUAGUAAAGUAUAGAAAUUGCAAAGAAGAAUAUGUGCACACAAUUUAAUUGACUAUGUACUAUCUUUUUAAUUUCUUAGGUAAUUGGCCGCUAGGACCAUCCCAACAUACAACAAUACUUUCAGUUUUCCUUAUCCGCUGUCUGUGGCUCCUCCUUUGUCUUUCCUUACUGCAUCCUCUCGUCACAUACCUGGCCUACCAAGCGGUAUUUUCCCAAUAGGAUUUUCUUCAAACACGAAUCGACUCGUCCGUAUACUCUAAUCCGAAGCUUAUUAUACGAGUCCCGAACGAAUAAUUUAUUUUUUACAAAGAAGGGUAAUUAGCCCUCCGCUUAAUCCCCGACCUGCAGGCUAAAACUGCACUAACCAAUCAAGGCCAGGGGUGGGGCUAUUCAAUGUAUACUAUAAAUACAAUAAUUUACGUGUCGUUUCAGUAAUAUUUAUUGUCAUGGCGAACUUUUGGACGACGUGCAAAUGCAACAGUUGUACCCCGAUUCAAAAACGUUCGUCGACAAGAAAUUACGUCGGAGCGAACCGGAAAUCAUAAAUGCAUACAGAGAACUGAAACUCCGGAAUAACGGUAGAGUUCCGAACAAGGCCGUGCUUACUAAGUUCGUCGAAGAUAAUUUUAGCGACGACCCGUUGCUCGAAUGGGUACCACCCGAUUUCAGAGAUAAUCCCACGAUCGGGGCUUACGUGAAGGACCCGAAUUACAAGUAAUGACGAUUAUUGUGAUAUUUUUAUAUUAAAUACCGCGAUGAUCGAAAAAAAAAAAAAAAUGCAAAAUGUUAUUUUAAUUUUCUUAAUAAUAUUAUAGAAUUUGGAUUUUGCAACUGAAUCAAAUUUGGAAAGGAUUGGCCCGGAAGGUUGACGAGGACGUUAAAAUAAAUCCCGACCGUCAUUCCUCCAUUUACUUGCCAAACGGAUUUUUCAUAGCCGGCGGAAGGUUCACGGAGCUUUACUAUUGGGAUUCGUAUUGGAUCAUAAGAGGUGUGGAACAUUAAUUUUUCCCCAAGAUGAGGGACAACAUAGUUAACGCGUAGAUAAUUAACAAUUUUUUCACAGGGGCGAUACUGUGUGACAUGAAAGAUUCCGCCAGAGGAAUCAUACAAAAUUUCCUAUAUUUGGUGCACCGUUUCGGCUACGUGCCCAACGGAAGCAGAAUUUAUUAUCUAAUGCGAUCGCAGCCACCACUUUUGAUCCAAAUGGCCGCGUCGUAUUACACGUAUACGGACGACUUGGAAUUUAUCAGGAAAAAUAUACAAGUAAAUAAUAUUAUCAUUUAAAACAAUCUUCUUUUUUUCUUAGGCAGUUCGAUUUCGAACACCGUGUCAUUUAAGCAAAUUUAUACAUGUUUAUAAUAUUUGUCCAAAAUUCUCGGCCGUCUAUGUUACGCAUGGUUUCUCGCACUGACUUGAUUGCUGUUAGAGCUUUGAUUUUGUCAAUAAAUUGACUAAUAGAACAUCCUCUAUUUCUGUUGCCUUGUAUUUUUCUUGAAUAGUUCUUUUUCUAGAUCGCCUCUUUUUAUAACAAAACUCAAAAAUUUAAGUAUUUGACGCUUUAUUGGUGUGGGAGGAGGGAGAUUUAUUUUCUCGGAUAUUCAAUCCGUUCAAAUAUUUGUGAAUUUGUUCUAUAAGCCGUCUAAAGAAUUAGCCGCAUUUAUCUGUACGAAGACAAAAUUGUUUUAGAACAAGAUCAUUUAACGGUCAAUAAUUCUGAGCCAUAUUGAAAAAUACCAACGGUUUCAACAAAUAAAUCUUUGUUUAUUUCUGUAUGAUAACAUUCUUCCAUGUCCUAGACAGUGUAUUUAGUUAUUUCUGUCCUGACUAUUCUAAGUUUUCGUUUUAUUUCCUCCUCAGAACCACCUUUGUUUGAAAUGAACGUGCCUAAGUAAAUAACACUAUCUUCAAUUUCUGUAUCUGGAAUUAGUUUGAAGUUGACGGGUAUUGUUUCAGCUCGAGCGCCAUUAUUGAUUACGUUGUUCUAUUUAGUUUGAGGGCAGCAUUCGCACUAAAUCUCUAAAGUCUUUCAAGAAAAUUAGUCAUUUUAUAAAAUACGGACGUAUUAUAGUUAGUAAAGACUAGAUAGAUUAGGUAAAAACAACACCAAAAAAAAAAAAAAAAAUAGUAAGAUUGUAUUUUAUUAAACGCAGAAAUAAUGACGAAUGAUUAGUUAAAUUAUGAUUGAAUGAAUAAUACAAAUUAUAUUAGACAAGCUGAAAUUAUCGAAAAUAUUAAUAAAUUUACUUGACUAUAAGUGCUAUUCUUAGGUUUUUUUUUUCCACUCAUUAAGUGCAAUUUUUAAAUUUUUCGCAAUAUUAAUAAGACAGAUUCGGGAUCCGAAAUGGGAAAGUAUUUUUUUUUAUAGUCUUCCUUCAGCAGCUACUCUAAUUUUUGACCAUAUACGUGAGAAUAAUAGGUUUGAUUAACUAAAAUUAACUCUAAAAAAACAUUUAUCAUUUUGUUAGUAUCUGGAAGAAGAAUUCCAGUUUUGGAUGAACAACCGAACGGUACAAGUGGAAAAAGCCGGUAAUAUUUACGUUAUGGGACAAUAUAACACACACACCCGAGAGCCACGUCCCGAAUCGUAUUAGUAAGUACGAAUUUAAUUUUUUUUUCCAGGCAAUUCGUUCAUAUUGUCAUUAAAUUUGUUUGUUUUAUAGCCAAGAUAAAACAUUAGCCAUACCGUUUCCCAGCGAAACAGACAAAAACGAGUUGUACUCAAGAUUGAAAACAGCCGCCGAAACCGGAUGGGACUUUUCAACAAAACAUUACAACAACGAUUUUGGCCAAAACACGGGUAACGAUAAUAUAUUGUCUAUACGUAUACUAGCUGAACAUUCAACAGAAAUUAUUUAACAAAAAUAUUUAUAACAUUUAAUACGUUAUUAAAUCGAUCAUUAAUAUUGUGUCGUACGCGAAUGUAAACUUAGUUUUGUUUAGUUGACCUAAUUUAAUGUUUUCCGAGUACAUAAUAGUUCAAUUCAUGUAACGGACACGUCAAAAGCGAAACUUUAAUUAUGCAAUUUUCGCUGUUUUUUUUGGAUUCUGAGUGUGGCGAAACAUGUAUUGGCUUUACUAAGAUGCUUGUUACUAUUUUUUUUUUUUUAAUUUUAAUUUUUUUUUAUCCUGUGUACGAAAAUUCUACCAGAAACUUUGCUCGAAUAUAUACGUGCGCACCAUUUCUGAAAAAGAAUGUUGUCCAGGCGUUACUUUUUAAAGUCAUUUUUUGAUUUUCCAAACGGUUUUCAUAAUAUCUGAGAAAAACCGAGAUAAAACGUAAGAAAAACAGGAAAUGUACGAAAAUAAUGUUUUUAUUAUUUUUCAAUUUUGUUAUUUGUUUUAAUUCAGUUAAAACAUUCGUAGAAACUUGAAACUUGAACAAAAAACUUAUAUUUAACUAUUCUAGAGGCGGUAAAAUUUUCAAAAAAGUUAAGCCAUUUUUGAGCUAUGAAUAGAUAUUUUAGUUUUGUGAGAUUGUACGCAAAUUUUAUUCGGUACUCUGUGGUAAAAUUGUUAGACAUAAACAGAAACGCUUGAAAAUUUAACAGGAGGUUCAUUCAGAGUCUUAUUUUGUAGUAAAAAAAAAGUUUUAUUUAAUGUUUUUUUUUUAAGGAAAUUUUAAUAUUAAAUUCUGAGGAAAAUCGUUUGAGUAUGUGGAACAAAUCUAAUUUAUCAAUUUGUUUUUUUUUUAAACAUAUGUACAUUUCCGAUUUAAACGAUGGAAGAGUCAGAAUUAAGCGGACUGACUAAGUUUCGAAAUUUUAGCUUUUUGAAGUUCUAAUAUGUGGCGGAUAUUAUAUAUUAUGUUAAAUAUUUCUAUACUGUAUCUCUUCAAGCAUAAUUGUUGUGAUGUAAUAAUGGUUAUUUAUGUCUGUUUUCAUCCUCCGAAUUCCGAGUUUAAACCAGUGUUCUGAAAAAAAAUUGUUUACAUUUUUUUUCCCUUUUACCUAAACAAGGAAAAAACAAAUGCAUUUUGGGUGUACCUAGAGACCAAAGUCAUCACUCUCUCGAACUAUUUUAAUCGCAAAAUACUCAUCGAUUUGUUGUGCAAACUUUUCAACCAAUAAUUUCUUUUUGAUUUAAAACGAUAACACUUUUUCUGAAAGGAAAUCUGACUGGGAAGGUACUUUUGAAAAUGUGAAAAACCGGGAAAAAUUUGGGAAAACAAGGAAAAACGGGAAUAUCAGUACAAUAUAAAACAAAUAUUAUUAAAGAAAAUGUUUAAUGCAUAUGCAAUUAUAUUACCAUAAUAUGAUAUGUAUCGUUAUAUUGACAAAACAACCCUAUCAAAUGAACUUUGCUCCGAAUCGGAAACUAUUUGACUAAUACGUUUUUUUCUGGGUGAUUUUAGCAAUUUUUCAGAGCAUUUUUCGAUAAUUUUAUUGGUAUCCAAUACCGAGCCCGAAUAAUAAAUAUUGACCUUCUAUAUCCAGUGUACGUGUAAUUUAAUGUCAUAUAAUUUAGAAUUAAGGAUGACCAACUUGCGGCUCGCGUCUUAUUUACAAAAUCCAAAAUCUAUUUAAUUUUUAUGAAUUUCAAUUUUGUUGGUAUACAUUAUUUAAAUUUUUAUUUUAACCUUGGAGGGACACAUUUAACAUUGCUAACAGAUGUUGCAUGAGUCGGUGAAAAAUGCCAUAUCUUUUAACCAAUAUUAGAAUUUGAAAGUCUAAGAAAACUUUUAUUCGAAAUGUGAAUCGGUAAAAUGUUAUAAAACUUUUAUAAACAAAUGAAGGCGUUUACAACAAAACUCUUCAACAAAGACUAUUUCGAAAACGACAUAAUGCAAUUGGAAUUUGUUGGAUAAUCCAUAAUCUAAUCUGAAACGAAAUUAUAUCGGGCCCGUAGGUAAUUUGAUAUGUUUAUCAGUUAAAACCUAUCCCUAUUACUUUUAUAUUGCGAAUUAAAAAAUUAUAAAUUAGAUCGGAUUAUUUUUCAAAUUAUAAAACGCGUUUAUAAACAUUUUGGCUCUCGGUGUCAUUGUGAUCACGUGGUGGCCACCCCCGGUAUAGACAUGUCUCGAAAUACGAACGAAGCACAUUAAUUUUUACGUUUAGUCGAGUAAUUAAUUUGCACGGGUACAUAAUAAUAAUAAUAAUAAUAAUAAUACGGAUUGAUGUAAUAGUAAUUCGACAUUUUUGUUUCCAGGCGAUUUGUCCAACACUGAUCCGCAAAAUUUCAUUUACGUCGAAUUGAACGCUAUAUUGCAGGCGAACGCGGUUGUCCUCGCGCAAAUGUUUAAGCUACUGAACAAUUCGGCCAAGUUCAAACAUUACAACGAAAUCGGCAACCGUUUUCAGAUCGGAAUCAACGCCGUUAGUGAAAUUUAAUCCAUACAUAACAAUAUUCAUUGUCAUUUUAUUACCCUCGGCUUUACAUUAUGUUUUAAUUCGAUUUAAUAUUGACUCAGUUGCUGUGGAACGAAGAGGAAGGGAUAUGGUUAGACUACGACUUGACCACCAAAUCCAGUCGUAAAUAUUUCUACACGUCCAAUUUCGCGCCGUUGUGGACGGGCAGUUACGAGAGAAAACUCCGAACGUAUUACGGUAAACGGGCGAUGGACUACCUGUUGGUCAACGGAGUAAUCAAUCAAGACGGAACUCCGAAACUCAUUUGUAAGUACCUGCGUGUAUAUGUAAAAUCGGUAACAAUAGUAUACUUUUUUUUUUUUUUUUUUUUAAUUUUUUUAUCGAUGUUUAACAAUAAUAUAAAAUAUCAGGUUAAAAAUAUUUGUUAACGUUGUAUUAUCCACUCGUAUUAUACGUUUCUCAAUGCAUCGGUGUACCACGUUUGCCUAAACGAAGCGCCCGAUGAGACGACGUCCGAUAAAAAAUAUUAAAAUAUUCAUCAAAUUUCGACGACGUUUGAGAACGAGGGUGUGGGGGUCGAUGGAGGAAUAGCGAUUUACGGUCUUUCCAACCAAAGGGUGACUGGCACGGAGUUUUUUGAUUUUUUUCGGAACGAAAAUCGGAGUUUCCUUUUUUUUUUUUUUUUGUUAAUGAUUAACGGGUUAACUCGGGCGACACGGAUGCCAAUAACGGUUACUAUUAUUAUUUAAUGUGGUUGUGGUACACAAACAACGUACACGUUUUAAACGACGAAUUACCGAGCGGCAACGAACAACCGUGAUAGGGAUAAGAGUGGAAACGGCCAGACACGUUAUUUGGACUUAUUUUAUUGAUUUCUGUUUUUAAAACGAUAGAAAUACCCGGGAAAUAUCGCAUUAUUCGGUUAGAUUUAUUCAUAGAGUUUUUUUUUUUUUUUUUAAAUAACUCAGGUAUACCGACGUCGAACGUAAACUCGUCCCAGCAGUGGGACUAUCCGAAUUGCUGGCCUCCGCUCCAAGCCAUGGUGAUACAAGGGCUGGACCGCACCAACUACAAACCCGCGCAGACCGUGGCCAUAAACUUGGCGAAAUCUUGGAUAAACACCAAUUACGUCGGUUACAUCACCAGCGGUACAAUGUUUGAAAAAGUAAAACGAUUUUGAAUUAACGAUAGUACAACUUUUCAUUUCUAGUUUACGCGAGCGAUCAUUUCAUGUAUUAUGUAGAACGAACUUAUUUUUUCGACCGUAAAGCGUUGGACAUGGUAUUCCGAUCAGGUGUAUUAUUUUUUCCUAAAAACAAAUGUCCAGUUUGUGCAUUUCGGAGAUCUUUUUCUGACUUUGAUUUUUAAUUUCCUUAACAAUUAAGAACGUUCGGGAAAAAAACGUUAAGGAAAAACGGGACAAUUUACAAUAAUUUAAUCAUCAAUUUAAUUCGGUUAGAAAUAAUCUCAGAUAUCUGUAAUUCUUAAAAAAUUUACUUAUGUUCGCGUUUUUUAAAAGUGAUAACAUUUUCUAACUUUUCUGGAUAAUUUUUUGCAAAUAUUUAUAGGCUUUUCACUUUUUUUAAUGGUGAUUAAGUUUUUAUUUGGUUUUAUAUGAAUAACAUUGUUUUGACCGAGCAAUUGACCUAACCGAGCAAUUCAACAAGAGGUUAUACGUGUUGGUAAAAACAAAUAAAGAAUUUUAAUUGAGCGUCGUUUUUUUACGAAAUGUUUUAAGUUCCAAUUUUGACGAAAAUCGUAAAAUACAUUUGAAAACAUAUUAAAUUGGACUUUUUUUUUUAACUUUUAUUUCUGUUUACAGUACAGUGCCCUGGAAGUCGGUACGACCGGCGGCGGUGGCGAAUAUACACCGCAAACCGGAUUCGGGUGGACGAACGGAAUAGUGUUCGAGCUGUUCAGGAGAUGGGGACAUAUAUUCCGAUCUACUUAA